AUGGGCUUCUAUAGAACAGAGCGACGUGUGACACAGCAAUUGAAGCUGGCUGGCAAAGGACUUGCCGGUGACCUGGCCGCAGAACUCCCUAAGAAUCCCGCGUCUUCGUUUAUGAAGCCGCUUCCCUCUUUCCACCGCGAGCUCGCGCCGGGAAACUCCGCCACUCGAGCAUCUUCGAGCGUCGAGGGGCAGCGCAAGGAGACUUCUGAUAGUGAGGACGCCUUCAAGCGUCAACGCGCUGUUCACGUCCUCGAAGCUGCCUUUGCUCAAUUGUCACACUUUCACCCCGACGCCUACGAAACCGCGAAUGUCCGAGGCCUAACCAAGUGGUGGGAAGAUCCCUACAUCUUCAUUUUCCUCUGUAUGAGUUUUGCCGCGCUUAUUGCGAUGGGAGUUUGGUGUAUUGUUGCGAGCUACAAAUAA